AGACCAACCUAACUAGUGAAAGUGAUUCCUCAUUGUAUAAAAACUAACAAUACAAAAAGAGUCGAUGCGGAAAUAGUGUCUCGUUAUUUUACAGCAUGUUACAUUUAUUUUACGAGGGUUUACAACUCAGUAGUCUAUAAAAUGUUUUACAAGCACUGGGUGUAUGAUACACCUUACGACGAUAUCUUGUAAGAGUUUACACACAUAAUAUCCUCUGGCAUCGAUGUUGAGUGGUGGUUGUGAAAUAAUUGUAUUAAUCUGUCUACGUAAAAAAAUAGUCCGGCACCGACCUCAACGCUAUGCACAUCUAAAACGUCCAUGAAUACCGAAUUUCCUAAAAUGUCAUAUUCUUUCUCCCUAAAAAUUUGGUUUCAUAGGCAAUUUUACAAUAAAAGCUUAUUUAAACGUAGGCCUAUACCGUUACCAGCGGACUGAUCUACUCACGGUAUUGGUAAAUAUGAUCACGUGAUUCAUGUAACCAAUCCCUGAAGAUGAAGCCAGCAAAAAUACUAUGAUUGUUCAGAGGGAAGGUUUCCGUAACAGUGUAACCUUUUAUAUGUCUACGAGGGGAUCCAAAAAUGUCGACCAGUAGCACUCUAAGUAACUAUUAUGUGGACUCUAUAAUGGGCCAUGAAGCGGAGGAUCUGUACGGGGCGCGCUUUGUCCAGGGUCCGCACAGUACGAACUCAAGGCCAUCAGGUGUUGGGGACAAUGCAGAUUUUUCCUCCUGCAGUUUUGCACCUAAAUCAGCCGUUUUCCAGGGGUCUUGGUCCUCGGUUCACCCGCAGUCCACCGGCGCAGUAUCAGGAAUUUACCAUCCUUAUGUCCACCAGUCUCAUCUCUCUGCAGCAGAUAGCAGAUAUGUUCGGUCCUGGAUAGACCCAAUUUCUAACCAUGUUUCUUUCUCCGGCUUUCACUCCAACAGCCGGCAUUAUGGAACAAAUGGAACAAAGCCCGAAAGUUUACCACUGAAAAGGACUGAGAGUGCCACUUUUGAGACGGAGACUCCGGUGGUUGUCCCAGGCUCUGAUAACGCGUGUGGAGUAUCCGACUGUCCAGAAAAAGUAACCAAAGAGAGCGUUGGCAGUGAUAUUUCGAGUCAGAGCGAGCCUAAAGAAGAGAAACAACAACUUGACCCAAACAACCCUGCAGCAAACUGGAUUCAUGCACGUUCUACAAGAAAGAAGCGAUGUCCAUAUACAAAAUAUCAAACAUUAGAACUGGAAAAAGAAUUCCUUUACAAUAUGUAUUUGACAAGAGAUCGACGAUACGAAGUUGCUCGAAUUCUCAAUUUAACAGAAAGACAGGUGAAAAUCUGGUUCCAGAACAGAAGAAUGAAAAUGAAAAAGAUGAACAGAGAGAGAGGCAGUAAGGAAAUCUUAUAACUUGGUGUAAUCUAUCAUAUUGUUGUGAUUACUUAGAAUAAAACUUUGGUUAUGCUUUUUUUUUUACACCAUAUGGAAGGUUUACUCAACAUGCUUGAAAAUGUGGUUUCUUUCUAUUUGGUUUAAAUCAAAGGUAAUGUUAAGUCUUAAAAUAAUAACUUUAUUAACCAGAGCUCGAGUAUUUAUGCCCAAUAUGAGAUCAAGGAAUAUGCUUGCCUAUCCGUUUUGUUAUCAUGUAUUUGAACAAUGCAAUGUUCUCAGACGUUACAUAUAUGCUGAUAUUUUCAGUUAAUAUUAUAGGCCUUAAGGCUCAUCACAAACGUUGGAAACCAUUUAACUUUCUGACAAGGUAUUGGUCGAUUGAUUAUAUCUGUCAGCCUAGUACAUAUAAAUAAAUUAUCAUGUGUAUAAUUUUUUCAAAGUGUUUUUUUUUUGUUUGUUUGUUAUUGAGGAUGCUAGUUGUUAAAUGAUACCCGAUGACGGCCUAGACUUUGCAUAGAUUAUUGUUCCUGGAUACACAAUCCCAAUCUAGGCUGUGUUAUGAAGUUUGUCUUACUUCUGCUCAAUGGUUUUUAGUAGUAUAUCUAUAUGGACCUUAUAUAUAAAUAGUUAUGUUCAUUUUUUACUAAACUAUUUUGUAAAAAAUGUAAUUUCAGUUCUAGAUUCAUUGAUGUAUAUAGCUUUCCUGAUUGAACACCAUUUCAACAUGUAUUACUCCUAAUAAACAGCGAAGCCCUGUUGCAUCAAAUCAGUAAUUUGUAAGAAUGUGGACUAAUAACCCGAAGCAUAGCUAGGAAAGUAGGACGAAAGAAAACCUGUAUUUUAUUUAAAUGUAUUUCGGUCAUCUGGAUGAUUCUACAGAGAUUUGGUGUUAAGUUCAGAAGAACUAAAAAAUCUGCCAAUUUUAAUUUAUUUUUAUAAAGUGAAUUUGGUUUAAUUGGUGGUUGGAUUUCACUUCAAAUGUAGGAUAGUGCUGUAUUGUUUAAAUAAACUAUAGGCCCCGUAAUAAAGUAUUUAUGAUUGGGAGAAGUGUUGCUCGGAUUCCCAAUUUAUUGUUCAAUCUGUAUACGUAU